CCAGCUGUACAGCGACGUCCCGUCCCUCUUCCGCAGUCGUAGAAGAGCGAGGCAAGAUUUGCGAGAUUGAGAAGGAAAUUGACCGCACGAUCUAAGUCUCUCACUCGAGAGAUUAUUCUGUGCGGAGGCUCCGUUUACUAUCGUUUCUUUCCGAUCUCUUCUUGGUAAAGAUCGGCGCAAUUCUUUAUGCACGAUUCAUUCUUUUUAUAGUUUCGCGGAUCGGGUAUUUAGGUUCCAGUUUGUUGAAGAUUGAGGUCACUUUUAGCUCGUGUGAAGGAAGCUUUGGUCUGUUGUACUUGAAAAAGCAAAGUUCAUGUCUGAUCUUGACACUCAGAUUCCAUCUACCUUUGAUCCGUUUGCUGAGGCUAGUGCUGAUAAUGCUGGUGCUGUGUCAAAGGAGUAUGUACACAUCCGCGUGCAACAGCGCAAUGGAAGGAAGAGCCUGACAACUGUGCAAGGGUUGAAGAAGGAGUACAGCAAAACCAAGAUCUUGAAGGACCUGAAGAAAGAAUUUUGCUGUAAUGGUACUGUUGUGGAGGAUCCCGAGCUUGGGCAGGUCAUUCAACUCCAAGGUGAUCAACGCAAGAAUGUCUCCACCUUUCUUGUCCAGGCUGGCAUUUUGAAGAAAGAGCAAAUCAAGAUUCAUGGUUUCUGAGGAGCUUGGCUGAUCUCUUGCAUGUUACUUGAUCCUUCUCUACUACAUAAUAACUACUCGUACCAUUUUUAAUUCCAUGAACGAAUUUAUUUAUUGUGCAACAAUUAACUUGUUUCUUUAGCUCUUCAUGUCUUACGGUUUGUGGCUGUGUGAUAUUUAUGAUGAUCAGCAUAAAAUGUUAGUAUUGCAUGUGUGCGUUAUAUCAAAUUUUACUGUCUUGUUUACCAUCUUCUCUCUGAUCUCACAUGUGAAGGUGUAUGUGAGUAUAUAAAUGGCUUGAUUUUAGGAA